AUGAGUUUGUGUUGUACAUUAUUCCGCAGUAUUUUGAAAUCAAAUCGCAAUUUAUCAAUUAAAAAUGUUAACAAUAAUUGUCAAGUGUUGGUCAAUAACUUUUCUACACGUGAACUCUUAAAAGAAGCUUAUUGUCGCACAAAAUUAAAAUGUAGAUCAAAAAAAUUACCUCAAGAUGUGAAUCCACAAGGAGUAUUUGCUUGUAACGAGUUAGAUCUUUCUGAAGUUAAAGUAUAUGGGUUUGACUAUGACUAUACACUUGCACACUAUAAGCCUACUUUAGAGCAUUUAUUAUACAAUCUUGGAAGGAAUAUGCUAUUGGAUAAAUAUAAGUAUCCACAAGAAAUUUCAAAACUAGAGUAUAAACCAGACUUCGCAGUCAGAGGUUUACAUUAUGAUAUUGAGAAAGGGUUACUCUUAAAGUUGGAUUCAUUUCUUCAAAUUCAAUUUGGUGCAGUUUAUAGAGGAUUAACUCCUGUUUCCACAGAGGAGGUUCUUCAAAUAUAUAAGAAUAGAAUUAUACCAAUUGCUUAUGUUGAAGGAGAUACUAGAGUUCACAAAGCAAAUCGAUCAAAAAUGGUGCACCUAGCAGAUUUGUUUUCAGUACCAGAAAUGGGUUUAUUAUGUAAUGUCGCGGAAUAUUUUAUUAAAAAUCAUAUAGAUUAUCAUCCUGAAAUUUUGUUCUUGGAUGUAAAGAAUUCUGUACAAAGCUGCCAUCCAAUAAUGCACAGGAUUGUGGCAAAAAAUGUGGAGGAAUAUAUAAGACCUAACUCUGACUUAAAAAAAUAUUUCCAAAUUCUACAAGAAAACGACAAGAAAUUGUUUUUAGUCACAAAUAGCCCAUAUCAUUUUGUAAACGCGGGUAUGGAGAUGUUAGUUGGAACAGAUUGGCGCGAGUAUUUUGACGUGGUCAUUGUGAAUGCGAACAAACCAAAAUUCUUCACGGAGCUGUCUCGUCCUAUUCGAGUGUUUGAUAAAAAUGCAAAUACGCAUAUUUGGGAGAAAGUUACAUCCUUAGAAAAAGGAAUCAUUUACUAUGAGGGCACUGUGAAGCAGCUGCAGGACCUGACGGGGUGGAGCGGCCACCAGGUGCUGUACUUCGGCGACCACCCCUACAGCGACCUCGCCGACGUCACGCUGGAGCACGGCUGGCGCACCGGCGCCAUCAUCAACGAGCUCACACAUGAAAUCAACACUCUGAACAUGCAAACGUUUAAAGAGAAUGCCAACUGGCUGCAAAUGUUAACCCAGCUUAUCGAGGACCACCAAGACUACAAGGAGCCAGAGGCUGUUGAGAUCAUCAGUGAGUGGAUGGCUGAAAGAGACUUUCUCAGGAACUCAACAAAAUCUGUGUUUAAUCGACAAUUCGGUAGUGUUUUUCGGACUUAUCACAACCCUACAUACUUUUCGCGAAGAUUGUUUCGAUUCGCUGACAUCUAUACUUCUAAUAUAAGGAAUUUACUCAAUUAUUCUUUAACUCAUACGUUCUAUCCUCGUCGUGGUGUCAUGCCACACGAAUAUGGAUCUUAUUUCGUU